UUAGUUACACUUUUAUUCGUACUUAAGACUUUUCUAAAGCAAUUAUUUUAAGAUGUCGAACGUACCUGCAAAGUUUUAUCAACUAUGUCGCCUUUGUUUAUCACGGGACGAGCCGAAAGUACCUAUUUUCACUGCUGAUGGACUUCGAACAGAUGUAUACACUCAAAUAUCAUCUUGCAUACCAAUCAAUGUAACAGCAGAGGAUGACCUACCCCUAGUUAUUUGUGAAACUUGUGUCGAGAAAUUGAUUAUGUUUUAUGAAUUCAGGACGUCCGCAAUCAGUUCAGAUAGAGCCUUAAGACAGUUCCUCCUCUCACCACAAGUUAUCCCACAAGAUGCAGAUGAUAUAUUGAAACAAAUACAUUACUCUACCCUCGAUAAAGGAACUGUCGUCGAAGAGAUGGUAGUAGGGAAAGAGGAAACUGUCAUGGGAGGUGGGUCUGAUUCUGAAGAAAGCUUGGUCAUCAAGACUGAAAAUGACGAUUCUCCGUCCCGUGUACACCAAGAAUUCAUCAGUAAUGUAGUCGAAAUAAACUCUAACAGAGUGGGUGAAGCGAAGAGCCUUCUUCGCACCUUGAUGUCGGCUAACGCAAAUUCUAAUUUAGAUGGCCCCUCUGUGAUCCUGAUGCGUGAAGAAGUUCUGUGGCCACCGAAUACCACCGAAGUUCUUGCAAAUAGAACAAAUAUUCAACAGCAACCGAAACAUCAAGUGAUGCAACACAACGGGGAAAGUGGUGACGAGAGCCGAGGAGGAAGUGGUGGAGGUAGAAGGAAGCAGAGUUGCCCAUUGAAGAGUGGUAUUGACUCCAAAAAACCAGGCUACAGGUCAGCUGAGGCCAUCAGCCGGCUCCUCGAGGCUGCCCACUACACAGCGGGCACUGGUUGUGCUAAUAGCGGAGGCGGCGGCAACGAGAGUGGGAACAGCGGAGGUGAAAGCCCCGGCGAUGACAGCUCCUCCAAUUGGAGUAAUGAAUCCGUCACAAAGACCACCAGAGUUGUUUCUAAAAGGGUUGACCUAGCUUGUACUAACUGCGGCACGAGAACAACCACCAUCUGGAGGAGAAACCCUACCGGAGAGAUGGUCUGCAACGCCUGUGGCCUGUACUAUAAAUUACACAAUAUCAAUCGACCUGCAAAUAUGAGGCGUGACACAAUCCACACACGACGGCGAAGACCAAAAUCAGCUUCUGCAGCACUUAAUUCAAUCAUCAAACAAGAAGCUGCCAGCAAAACGGCUCCAGCCAGUGCAAGCGGCGCGGGUAGUGGAGGAGAAGACUGCUGUGAUGACAUGUUGGCUGCCCUCCGAAGACAGAUCCAACCGUUCGUGAUUCCAGGCGCCAACCAGGACAAACCACUCAACUUAGUAUCGCAUUAGCUGACAUCCGUCGGCAACACACACAUCCAGGCUGUGCGAAAUUCUUUGUUCACUAUUAGCACUUUGUAUCAUUAUAUAAAUAGAGGUAUACUAACAUUUAUAAAAGAGAAUGAAAAAAUACAAAAAAAAAAAAUGUCUGAUAGCUUCAUACAAGUAUAGAUACCCUCAACACAGUGGGCUUACUAGGCUCGGUUAAGUACUUACAUAUCUCUUGCUUCCUGAUUUGUAACAGCAAUGCUAAGAUUUUAAUGUUGAAUUGUUUUAUUUACGUGAUUAUUUUUUUUUAAUGGAGCCCAUUAUUAUUGUACAAAUUGAGAAAUUUUGUCUACAAUGCAUUUACUAUUGCUAGGACUUAAAGAUAACACAACACUAAGAAACUGUAUAAAAGAAAAGCGUACGUCCAAGUGUCUGGUUGUGUUUAUAUUUAUUUAGUUGUUAGUGACUACUAGGGCUGGACCCAUUGAUGAACGUACGUUCAUCACCUUUUCCAAUAUAAAGUAAUAUUUUUUCACGAGAUAUCAUUUGUAAAAAUAAAGAAUAAAAACAAACUAAUAAAAUUGAAUUGUUGAAGUUUCCAUUUAUAAAUUAAUAUUAUUGUGUUGUUUUGUCUUUAAUUUUGAUUUGUAGGUUUAAGAGUAAGUUGUAACGACUUAAUUUUUUAUAUGAAUUUGACUAACUUUUAUAUUGUUAUACGUAUAUGGUGUUGUUCUCAUUUCUAUCAUAACUUUUUUUUUCUUAAAUUAAGUUUAUGCCAAAUUGGAAGCAAUUAUAAAUGUAGUUUGCUUUUGUUCAUUUGGGAUUGCUUUGCCUGUUUGUGCCCUGAAGGUUUGUUGUUGAUAAGAAAUGGAACAACACUUAUUUUGUUUUGAUUUAUUUUAUCAUACCUCUAGGAUCUGAACCGACAUGUGCCUGUCUUACUAGUAGUUUUUUGAUCUGUAAAUAUGAUGUAUGUAUAUUAAAUAAUUAUGGGAAUAUAGAAUCGGAAGAAGUUCAGUCGCUCAUAUUACACUCAUCUUAAUACUCAUUGGCAAUAAUUGUUGUAUUAGGCUCAGAUAGGCUGAUAAAUUUUACAUAUAUUUUUAAUAUGAAUGGUUGAAAGUUGGAAAAAAAAGAAGAAAAAAAAUUCAAAUAUUUGUGUGAAAUUUUUUUAAGGAUUCCAAUUAAUGAGGGUUUUUCCUUAUUUUGUUUUUUGUAUAAAUUAUGGAAUGUCUGUUCAAUUUUGCAUUUGAUUUUUAGCUUUUUUUUUUACUAACUCUCCUUGAUACUAAUUAAUUAGUUAUAUAUUAUUUUUGUAAGGAGUUGCAAUUUUUAAAAUAUUUUUGUUGGUUCUAUAUUUUGUUGUUGUGAUCAUGUGACAAAUUGAUAUUAGGAAGAUGACUGUUGUAACUGUUCCUGACUUAUGAUUUUUUUCUCCGGAACUUGAUCUAAUGCCCCUCAAAUAAUUGAUAAAAAGAUUUCUUUCACUACAUCAGUAUUCAGAGACAUAACCGAAUAGUUGCUAAGUUACGCUCCGUCUUUUUU